AAAAAUGUUAAUCGUGCGUGAUAAAACCUAAUGACAUUUUCAAAGGUGUUAGGAUUAGGACUGAUAAGGCAGUAAAUAGGACUGUUCUGACUGAUUUGGCCCACAAUCCCAGGAGACACGACUGCGUCAGGGGAGUCCUACUCAGACAACAUGACCAAAAUAGCGUGGGUGGUGACGUGCCUCGUCGUCUGGGCGGGGCUUGGCCAAGUGGCAAUGGGCGUGAGGCUGCAAAAUGGGCGUUAUGAGGAUGUAGUGUUGGCUGUGGACCCAGGCAUGGGCGCUGACGUCAUCACGAUAAACGAUCUGGAAAAUAAUCUUAAGAGCCUUCUACAAGAGACCUCCAACUCCCUCCACGCAGCCACCGACGGCAAAUUCUCCCUGGGCUCCGUGAAGGUCGUCCUCCCACAGGUAUGGGACGUUCCGGAAGACCUGCUGGGGGAACCUGCAGAAGGCGUCUCGUGGAACACCGCCGACAUCCGCCUCGAGGAGCCCCAGAAGGAUUUCCAAGGGAAUUACAAGUCCCACGCGCCAAAUACGCUGCAGCCUGGCCAGUGCGGCGUCCCUGGGCGGCACAUCACGAUCCACACCACUCUCCUGAACUCUCAGUAUGUGCAGGAGAAUUACGGAUCACGAGGCGGCGUGAUGGUGCACGAGUGGGCCCACUACCGCUGGGGGGCCAUGGACGAGCAUGGGUUCCCCGGAGACGACAUCUUCCCUGUUCAUUACUCGAGAGGAGAACAAGACAGACUCCCAACAAGCUGUUAUGACGGAGAACUGGAAGGAAGUUAUCAGACUGAAAAUGGCGAGGCAUGUGACCCCAGUGUUGCAUCACCCGCGUGCUACUUCGUGCCAAGUGCCACCGCCUCGCCUACCCAAGGGUCUCUUAUGUAUCUGACACAUCUGUCCGACGGCCAUUUCUGCAACAGGACCAGUCACAACGCAUGGGCGCCCACACCUCAGAAUAUUCACUGUGGGCGUCGGUCUGUUUGGGAAAUAAUUGAGGCCCAUGAUGAUUUUAUACAAACAAGCGAGGCCCACGAAAACCCAGCGCAAGUGACCGUUACUUUCCACAAAUCACAGACACCGAGGCUCUUCAUACUGUUCGAUCCUCCUACAACUGAAGGCGAAGAGAGUGCAGUAAACAACAUGGUCAAAGACAUAAUUCAAGACCUGUCGAGGAAAUUCAAAACACUAGAAGUUGGAAUGGCUACCUUCAGGCUCCUUGGCGAAAACGUUGAUAUCACAAAAAAGAGAGAUUUUAGUCCAGUUACCGAUCUGGCCAGCCUGGACCAGUUCAUGCCGGCAGCCAGUGAUCGUGUGUCAGAGAACACAGUGCCACUGGGCCGGGCUGUGGCUCAACUGGUGCCAACCUGGACGGAAUACUCCCCCGGCACUCUGCUGUUGACACCCGUGUACAACCACGUGACGGGUGAAGAGGCGGCGAAGGUGGAAAGCGAAACCCUCCUGAAGAGCGCGGUCAAGAUGCUCCUCCUGAACGGCCACGCAGGACUCGAGAGCCUAGCCAACAUGGCGCCCGUCCUGCAGGAGACCGGCGGACGCAUCUACGGCUCUUCGAACUCCACCGCCAAUGAACUGAACCUGAGGAAUGACUUAGAAAAAUACUUGAUCAAUCACCACUUUAAUGAUCACUUCAUGUACGGUGUCUCAACAGCGGAAAUCAAAAACGGAGAAAACAUCGUGGGGGAUAUUCAUCUCGAUACUCGGGGAAUAUCGUCUCUCAACCUCGUGAUUAAGAUCGAUUCCUUUGAGCCUGAGCAGUUCAAUCUAACCUUGAGGCAUCCUUUGAUGUUUAAAGAUAUUCUCUGUGGCACGGAAGCUGCGGAAAAGAUCAAUUUCUUCUGCGCGGAUUUUGAUGGCGGUAUUUACGCUACUUAUGAGACUACGGGGGUUGUGGGGUCUGAUACCAUCUACCAGUUUAAGUUAAUGUCGGGGGCCAGCCAAGUCCACCCUGCAACAAUGACUUGGAGCACGGUGGAAACGAACGUCAUCGACCCACAGGUUUACGUAGAUCUGUGGUCAUCGGAGGACAUAGGCGUCAGGGCAAAUAUUCCAGAAAGUACCGGCCUUAUGCUUUUCUGCCAGGUUACGCACCCACAAGGCCACCUCGAGGAGUUAACAAUUUCGGCCGAAGUCAAGAUCGAAGAUUCCGCGCCUUUCAUUGUUGAUUUUGUCGACGAAAGAGUUGGAGAAAUCGACACACGCAAAUACGACAGUGUCUGGACAGCCGCUUUACCAGGGAAAUACUCCGCCGGAUCGGAACUCACUGUUACCAAGUUAGCGAUCAACCACAACCCUGAUAUUUACUCACCUAUUAAGACUGGCAACACUGUGAGGUCGAAGCGCGAAGCCGUCCCUUCUGCAGGAGGAUUUGCCGCGGCCUCCGGGUCCUCAGCGCUCUCGAAGAACCCCUGGGACGGCUCCUGCUGCGGGAGUUUCCACGACGGGAAGCCCUUCACGGACACGCCUGUCAACCGGUUCUUGAUGUUCCCUUACAUGACGGCUAUCACGCGGGAGGUCGAGGAUACUCCCCCAAAAGUCGUGGGCUUGGAGCCUGACCAGAACACCGAGCAAAAAGUAGAAGGAAACAUUGUGAAGGUUGUUUUCAAAUGGGGAGGAGUGACAGAGACAGGAACAGCCAGGUCUAAUCCGGACAGCUUCAUGAUCCGAUAUUCAACUGACCUAUAUGAGCUUAUUGACGAUUUCCAAAACGCGAAGGAGCCCUUGGAUGGCUCGGGCACAGCAACCGGAGCUGCUUCAGAGGCCGAGGUUUCCCUUCCUUACGAGGAGGUCGUGAACCAGGAGGUGUAUCUCAGCGUUGCUUCUGUGAAGAGCGGAGUCGUGGGACCUCCGGCAACUGCUACUGCGGUUAAGAUAAACGAAAAAACAACCACCAUCACCACAACCACCACAUCCACCACACCCACCACCACCACAACCCCGGUCACCACAACGCCUGCACCCACCACCCCCCCGCCAACAACCCCAAGCCAGGGUGUGACAGAGGAAGUGACUACAACGCCUCCAGAGACAACAACUGACAGCGCCUCAUCCGCGGCCCUUUGUCCCUUGCUCUUCGCUGCUGUCAUGGCUGUUUGCCUAUCUCUGCGUUAAAAAAAUAUGGUGUUACGUUGUUGUAAAGUUAAAGUUAGUUCAGGCUGCUGGUUCAUUUUGAUUGUUGCUUAUUAGGUAUGAUAUUGUUUCUUCUUUGAGCCUUAGGAAUUUUAGUGUCAAAAGGAUAUUGGCAGUUACUUGUAAUAUAUCAUGUAUUUAGUGGUUUUAUAAGCAAAUAGAUAGCUAUACUUCGUUCAAGAAAAAAAAAAUACUUAAGAUAAAAAUAUAUCGUGAUAUAAUGAUUCUUAGACUUAGACACAUUUAGAAUCAAACGGAUAUUGGUAAUUGCUUGUAAUAUACAAUGUAUUUAUUGAUUCAGUUUUUAAAAAAAUCUCCAAUCCACUUGUACUUCAUUUAGGGAGAACAACACCCUUGAUACUUAUAACAGAAUGAUGGAAAUGUCUGAUGAGACAUCAAUGCACACAGACUAAUGAAAGAUGCUACUAGUGGUUGUUCCAUGCAUUGAUUAGAUCAUAAAUAUAUUCUUGUGAUUCAC